GGGAGGGUGAUGUGCAUAGUGCCAGUGGGAUUUAUAACUGCUUCAACCUCACUAUCCUUAUGCCCAGUCAACUAACCGUCCAGCCAACAGUCUGUAAGUUGUGUCGGUGAGAGGUGUGUCUUGCUGAUCUGAGCCACCAUGACUCUGGACCACUACAACACGGGGGCCCCAGUGGUCCUCAAAUGGGAUCCCAAAAACUUGGAGAUCCGCACUAUGUCUGUGGAAAAGACUCUUGAACCAUUAGUGAUUCAGGUGACGUGUGAUCAUUAGAUGCUCAUUUCUACACCCCAGAUUGUUGGUGCCAGCGUGAACGAAGCUGAUGUAAAGUUUUGUACACCAGUGACUACCAUAUGAAAAAUGUUCCUGUGACAGAGUAAUCAUAUUGUCGUCAUCAGCUUCUAACGCGAGUUUUGUGAUGCUCUAUUUUUCUUUUAUUGCCUAUGCUUAUUUAGUGAUUGGUAAUAUCUUUCAGCUUGUACACUUAUGUAAGGUUGCUAUGUAUUGAUUCUAUUCAGGACUGAGUGAUGUGUAUUGAUGUGUAAGGAGUAUUCAUGUGCUAGUAUGACAUCCAGCACCAUAGUACAUUUCUCCCUGUUGUGAAACUUAAAGGUGAAGAGAAAUGAUGGCAGCGAAAUACUUUACUCUGCACGGAACUCUCUCUUAGAAGUUAUUGAUACAUUUUCUGAUGAGAGCAUAUAAACAUUGUGUGAAUUUGAGUAUUUUAAUGUCAUCUGUUAUGUAUGUUCUAUAAUUAAGGAUUUGCUGCAAUGUGUUUCAGUAUUUUGUGCUCUUUUCCUUUUCCAAUUGCAUUUUGUGUGGUAGAUUACCUUACUUUUUUGUUGUACUUGAGCAUCAUAAAGCUAAAAUCUGGGGUCCUUAGAUUGUUUUUUGUUGAUUGAUUUAUUUUGUUUUUUUAGGUUGAAGUGCAUGAAGUGUUCAGUGUAGUUUGAAGUGCAUGGUAACACAUCACUCUUGGAAGAGAAGUGUUGCAUGAACUGUGAUGGGAAGACUGUCAGGCCUUUGGGAUAUGAAACUGUAUCACAAAUAAGCUGAAAGGCCAAACACUGUACUUCUUGAGAGUGGUGAACUCAAAGAAUUAAAAGGACAGUUGUAGUGCAUAAGAGAGAGACACAGUUGCACAAUGCCUGAGAGUGUAAACCAGCAGGGGCAGGGCACAGACGCCGGCGGUGGUCUGGUGCUGCGAUGGGACAUAAAAAAUCUGGAGAUCAAGACCAGAUCUGUUGAAAAGACUCUAGAGCCACUUGUCAUACAGGUUACCACUUUAGUCAACACCAAAGGUCCCUCAAAGAAAAAGAAAGGUAGAAGUAAAAGGGCACAUGUCUUGGUGGCGGCUGUUGAGGCUGCUACAGCAAACUUCAUUGAGCGAGGGGAAGAGAUUGCCUACGAGAACCCUGACAUCCGGGGGGAGAUGCUGGGGGCUGUUGAGGAAGUGCGCAAGACUGAUACCAUGUCCCGGGCCGCUAGGGAAUUUGCCGAAGAUCCAUGCAGCAGUGUGAAGCGUGGCAACAUGGUGCGGGCCGCCAGGAGUCUGCUGUCCGCCGUUACUCGCCUCCUCAUCCUGGCUGACAUGGUGGAUGUGCACCGCCUCCUCAAGAGUCUGCAAGUUGUUGAGGAUGAUUUGGAGAAGGUGAAGAACGCAUCCAGCCAGUCUGAGCUGCUAGACAAUUUCCGUCUGUUUGGCAAGAACACUAGUGAUCUUAUCAAUCAAGCUGCUAAGAGACAGAACGAGCUGAAGGACCCAAGGCUGCGGGAUGACCUAGCCUCGGCUCGGGCUGUUCUGAAGAAAAACUCUAUGAUGCUCCUCACCGCUUCCAAGGCAUAUGUGAGACACCCUGAGCUUGCUGCUGCCAAGGCCAAUAGGGACUUUGUGUUCAAGCAAGUGUGUGAAGCAGUCAAUACUAUCAGUGAUGUGGCUCAGGGCAAGGCCACAGGAGCCGGACAGAUGCCCUAUGAAGGUCCUGGUGAACUGGCAUCAGCACUUGAUGACUUUGAUGAACGCAUCAACAUGGACCCAUUGACAUACAAUGAGGUGCGCACCAGACCUUCCCUGGAGGAACGCCUGGAGUCCAUCAUCAGCGGGGCAGCUCUCAUGGCCGACUCAUUCUGCACACGGGAUGACCGUCGCCUCAAGAUAGUGGAGGAGUGUAAUGCUGUGCGGCAGGCUCUCCAGGACCUCCUCACUGAAUAUAUGGAUAAUAUGGGACGCAAGCAGCCAUCUGAAAACCUGGACAAGGCUAUUGACCACAUGUACCGAAAAACAAAGGAUCUAAGACGUCAGCUACGCAAGGCUGUAGUUGAUCAUGUCUCUGACAGCUUCCUUGAGACGAAUGUUCCUCUCCUUGUGCUUGUGGAAGCAGCACGCAAUGGUAAUGAGAAAGAUGUGGAAGAAUAUGCACAGGUGUUUACAGAGCAUGCCAAUAAGUUGGUUGAGGUGGCUAACCUGGCUUGCACCAUGUCCAAUAAUGAAGAUGGUGUGAAGAUGGUGAGGUAUGGUGCUGCACAGAUAGAGCAGCUUUGUCCACAGGUCAUCAAUGCUGCCAGCAUCCUCUCAGCAAGACCCAAAUCCAAGGUGACACAGGAAAAUAUGGAUGCCUUCAAAGAUGCUUGGGAAAACCAAGUUCGCAUUUUGACGGAGUCGGUUGAUGACAUCACUACAAUUGAUGACUUCUUGGCAGUGUCAGAGAGUCACAUCCUGGAGGAUGUGAAGACCUGUGUGAGGGCCAUCAAUGAGGGCGAUCCAGAGACUCUUGACCGUAUUGCUGGGGCGAUCAGGGGCCGCUCUACCCGGGUGUGCCAUGUGGUGGCCUCAGAGAUGGACAACUAUGAACCUUGCAUGUACACUGAUCGAGUAUUGGAAGCUGUCAAGGUCCUCAGGGAUCAAGUACUACCCAACUUUGCCCAGCGUGUGGAUGUGGCAGUGGAGGCCCUCAGCAGCACUCCUGGGAAGGAGGUGGAUGAAAAUGAGUUUAUUGAUGCCUCUCACCUGGUGUAUGAUGGUGUGAGGGAGAUCCGUAUGGCAGUCCUCAUGAACAAGGCUGAUGAUGAGCUGGAUCCUGAUGAUGUGCUCAUUGAUGACUACCAUGGCAUUGAAAUCAGGAGCAAGUCAAGUGCCCAUACAGUGGAGACAACCAUUGAUGAGUAUCCUGGUGUUAGCGGCAUUACCACUGCAAGAGAUGCCAUGAGGAAUCUGAGUGAGGAGGACAAAGACAAGAUUGCUGCCCAGGUUGAAAACUUCCGCCUGGAGAAGGUUAAGUUUGACCAAGAAGUUGCCAAGUGGGAUGACACUGGAAAUGACAUUAUUGUGUUGGCCAAGCACAUGUGUAUGAUUAUGAUGGAGAUGACAGACUUCACAAGAGGUCGAGGCCCUCUCAAGACCACCAUGGAUGUUAUCAAUGCUGCCAAGAAGAUCUCUGAGGCUGGAACUAAGCUAGACAAGCUCUCUAGGCAAAUUGCUGACCAGUGUCCAGAGUCCCGGACCAAAGAUGACAUGUUGGCUUACCUGGACCGCAUUGCCUUGUAUUGCCACCAGCUCAACAUCACUUCCAAGGUCAAGGCUGAUGUGCAGAACAUAUCUGGUGAACUCAUUGUGUCGGGGCUUGACUCUGCUACAUCACUGAUUCAAGCUGCCAAGAACCUCAUGAAUGCUGUGGUCUUAACAGUCAAGUGCUCCUACGUUGCAUCCACCAAAUACCCUCGGCAAGGCACCAUCCCUCAGCCUGGAGUCAGAUCAGCAGAAGUGAGCACAGGUGGGGGUUUACAGAAAGCAGGGGGGAAAGGUCCCCAUAUUCCCCCAAAGCCUGUAGUAUCACAGGGACAGUCACCAAUUGUUGUGUGGAAGAUGAAGGCUCCAGAGAAGAAACCUUUGGUGAGGCGCGAGAAGGCCGAGGAAGUGCGAGCAAAGGUUAGGAAAGGCAGCCAGAAGAAACCUGUAUCUGCUCUGAAGGCUCUUGCUGAAUUCCAGAGUCCAGCUGAUGCAAUUUAGAGCAGUUUUUUUACUUAAUUAGUGACUGUGUAACUGAUAGGAAGAUGUGUUGGAAGGUGUAUUUUGAGGCCUAGAUUCCAAUUUGGCCUUUUCUGUAGUUGCCCACAUACUGUGAUGGCCAACUGUCCCAUGUAGAAUUAGUUAGGGAAAGAGGCACAUUUAUUGAACUGAAGUAUGUAGUUUUGGCACAGUCCCAUCUACACAUAUAAUUUUUCUCCCCCUCCAAUUAAGUCCUCAACACAUCAUCACAAGAUAAUAUAUGUGGUUAGAUAUAUACAUAUAUAUAUAUAAUCAUAUUUUUUACACCAAAGGCAGCAUAUGUUUAAACAUGCAUUCCAUUUAUAAUUUUAUGUAGAUUUCCAUUGUCAGCUGAAGGGCAAUGCCUCACUACCCAACAUUAUCAUAAGAUUUCAUAUUUUCCUAUUAAUUCUGCCCAGUGUAUUGCCCACAUGAGUGUUGCAAGAGAGGAACGCUAGAUAAGUCUGUGGUGUAAUGAGAUGGAAGUGGUUAAUUUGGUCAUCAUAUCUAUGGCUGGAGAAAAAGUUAAUUUGUACAAUACCUGAGAAUAUUUAUAUAGGAUCACAACUAGCAUCUAGUUAACUGAGAUCAUUAUUUAUGUAUUGUUUGUUUUCUGAAACUUGGCUCAUCAUUUUCUUUUCAUUAUAUUGUUAUAUUUUUCAAGUAUUAAUGUGUGAACUCAGUCUUGACAUUGUUGGUCACAUAAAUUGCAUUACCUGAGCCUUCUGUCUUGAAGUAACUUUCUCAUUGAACACAAGAGUCUGAAGAGAAGCACACUGGUAAGAAGGAUAUAAUAUAUUAUUAUCUCAUUUCCUUUCAACUCUUCCCUUUAUUAAUAUUUAAAUGUAUCAUAUAGAUUAUUAUAUUAUUAUUAUUAUUAUUAUUAUCAUUAUUAUUAUUAUUAUCAUUAUUAUUAUUAUUAUUAUUAUUAUUAUUAUUAUUAUUAUUAUUAUUAUUAUUGUUAUUAUUAUUAUUGUAGUUGUACAUAUUGUAGUGAGGUGUGCACAUUUCUGGGGUUUGGAAUGAGAGCACAUACAUAAUUUAUCAUUAUUAUUAUGUUUUACAUAUUUUAUUCUUAAUUACAUAAACUAUUGCUCUCAUGAAGGUGCUAAGUAGAAGUAGCACUCUGUGUUGAUAAAAAGUGGUUUUCAUCGUAUUUCACAGAAAUCUUCCUCUUCUCUAAUAAGACAAGAUUAUGAAGAUGUUAAACAAAAAAAUCUAUUCCAUAAAGUAAUUAGUUUCUUAUAUUAAACUAAUGAUUGAUCAUACAACAUACAGAUUUGAAUGUGGAAUUUUUUUUUUUUUUUUUUUUUUUUUUUUUUUUUUCCUCCCUCUCACUGGCAGGAGUAAGUCAUCUGUACUUGUGUCCUUCCCUUAGCUAACUCAGUCUCAACUUCUUUGAUCUCUCACAAAAGCCGUGUCAUGUUUGGGAUUCAUGUUCAUUCUUUCUUAUUAAUUUAGUGUCUGAGUAUGUGAUGCAGUUGAAUGUGUAGCUGAUUUCUUAGAGAAUAAUAGGGAUUGUGUUGAGUGAAUGGUGACUGGUAUUGAGCUUAGCCUCAUGUAGAGGUGAAUCCAUUUAUGGGAAUUACUAAGAUGUAGUAAUCCAUUGUUUGAAGUCUGGAUGUUGUGUAUCCCCUUUAUAUUCCUAGCUUGAACUAUUUGGACAGUGUAGGACCUGUUGACAGAAUAAAACAACAGGAUCCAAUGCUAGUAGAUCUGGAUGAAGACUGUGAGAAUGAGAUAAUGGCUGGUGUGACAAUCAUUGGUGCUCUACUGAUGAUUGCUGUCCUGCUAAUAAUCCAACACAAUUUAUUAGCUGACUAUCCCUGGCUUAAAUCCUUCAGGUGGACUUGCUGUUGUGAAAACUGUCAUACUUAUUUGCCUAGUUUUUUGUAAAGUGGUCAAUUGCUGCUUAUGGUUUCAAAGUCAUUCAUUCUCUCCGGCUUGUAUGUGUGGAAAAAAUAGAUCCAGUGUUCAUGUCCUAUUUUUGUGGAAACAAUUUUGUUCAAAAGCAAUGAGAGGAAAUAUUGUGUCAAGAGCUCAACUGUUGAAGUUGUUGAUAUAUCUCCACGACUUUUAAAUCUUAUUUUAUUCGGUGAGGAGUCAUGACAUUAAUAGUAAAUCCUUUUAAUAAACAAUGUCACUCUUUCUGACACACCAAAGUCCCUGCAUUUCCAACCACUUGAUUAAACGACAUCACAUGCAUAAUUGAAAUCUGUGAGUAGUGUAUGCACUAUACUGAAUGUGUGUAAAUAUAUAUAUAUAUAUAUAUAUAUAUAUAUAUAUAUAUAUAUAUAUAUAUAUAUAUAUAUAUAUAUAUAUAUAUAUAUAUAUAAUAGCAGUUAGUGGACUGUGUUUUGGUUAGAAAAUUAUGUAUGCAAUAGACAAAUACUAGAUUCACAGUGAUGCCUAAGGAAACUCUUUGACCAAGAAAACAUAUCCUGUGUAGUACUACCUUUAAUUAAUGUGAUUACAGCUGAGUGCACCAGUCAAGCUUCCUGGGAGUUGAUAGCAGAAUAACUUGCAUACAAAAUUCAAAUAUGAAGGAUACUUGCUUCAUAUGAAAUUUUGCAGGAAAAAGAAAUGGAUAUAUUUAUAUCAGUUCACAAGAAUUUGCAAGUACUUAGUUUGUAAAUGCAGGAACUUUAGUGUGUGUGUGUGUGUGUGUGUGUGUGUGUGUGUGUGUGUGUGUGUGUGAGUGAGUGAGUGUAUAUGUAUGUGUGAUAGAAAAUAAUGGUCUCAGUAUGUAACAAGUGAUUCUAUAUUGAUGCACUUGCAUAUCAUUUAGUCGUAUAUGAUGGCUAACUGAAAUAAUGUAGUUGGGCAGCUUUUGUAUAUUGUAGAGUAAACUAUGAAUAGGAUAUAAGUAAUUUUAGUUUAAGGCACCAAAGAAAUUAUAGCAUGCUGGUCAUGGAAAUUGUUUACAGGGCAAGCAAUGCAUCAUAAUUUACAGUAGAGUUUAUUGAACAUAGUUAUGCAAGCAGUUUUCCAUUUGAAACAAAAACAUUCCUGACAUGCAAUCCCAUGCUCUGUGUUACAUUUUAUAGCUGAAGUGUUUAUCUCAUACUGGUAAAAGUUUUGCAGUUUGCCUCUUGUUAUUGUCAUGGUAAUUGUGAAUUGUUAUUCACAUGUUGUACCUCUAUACUAAAAAAGUAUAUUUUUUUCAAAACGUUUUAGAAAAUUAUAUCCUUACCUGUAUUCUCAGCAUUAUAUAAUUAAUCUAAUGUACUUUGGGUGCCAAAAUAUAUAGUAAAGAAGAAAACAAAUCUGAA